CGUCCUGUCCCCCGGAGCCCCGCGGGCACAGCGUUGUCCUUGCCGGGGUCACCGUCACGCGAGGGAGCGUGAGCUGGAAUUUCGGUGGACGCGUCCUCAGCCCAAGGCGCAGGUCCCAGCAGCCAUACCCACCGCCGCCACGCCUGUCGCCCCAGCGUCCCAGCCAUGGCGGGAAGCUCUAACGUGCCCCACAAGACGUCGCUGCCCGAGGGCAUCCGGGUGGGCACCGUGAUGAGGAUUCGCGGCGUCGUCCCGGAAAAGGCCAGCAGGUUCUAUGUGAACCUGCUGUGCGGCGAGGGGCCGGGCGGGGAGGCUGCCCUCCAUUUCAACCCGCGGCUGGACGAGUCCACGGUGGUCUUCAACAGCCUGGAGCAGGGCACCUGGGGCCGGGAGGAGCGCGGCUCAGGCAUUCCCUUCCAGCAUGGGCAGCCCUUCGACGUGCUCCUCAUCGCCACCGAAGAAGGGUUCAAGGCGGUGGUCGGCGACUCGGAGUACCACCACUUCCGCUACCGGAUCCCGCCGGCGCGCGUGCGCCUCCUGGAGGUGGGCGGGGACCUGCAGCUGCAGUCGGUGAAGAUCUUCUGAGCCUCCGGGCGGGCGGCGGGGUCGGGGGUCGGGGGUCCGGGGUCCCGGGCGCGGGAGGGCAAAUAAAGUUUCAGCCCGCGCGUGUGCGCCCCGUC